AAGGUCGAUCAAUAAGGAGGCCAGUACAGGUGCAGUUAUAGAAGAAACAUGGCAGGCGUUCUACUUCGAAGUCUUCAUAAUUUGGAAACUUCUGCAAACGAACCUACUGCCAAAUGGACGGUUCCUUUGAGUGACGGGAAUCACGUGGUAGAGUUUGAACAUGGUACAGCAACAGGCCGACGUGUGGUAAAAAUCGAUGGCAAUAAUAUAGUUCAUAGAGAUUGGAUGUUUCGUCUAGUCGGUGAUGAAGUCUUCAUGUUUAAUAAUACCAAAUUUGUAAUCAGAGUCGAUCCAAUGCCAGGUCUGAAAUAUUCUUAUUCGUUAUGGGUGAACGGAAAGAGUUAUAAGCAAUUUGUCCAGUCGCAAUCAAAAAUACUAGAAACUUGGUUGGCCAAAGUUGGGAACGAAGAAUAUAGAGUUGUAUUAGAUAAACACGCUCACAGCGUUUGGGUGAAUGGACAAGAAGUGGAAGUUGAGAAUGAAUUUAUGGACGGUGGUGCAGAAAUUCUUUUCUCCGUUGGUGAUUUACCGGCCGCUAUUAGAUCUUACAGUUCGGAACAAAAAGAAAUCGGUAUAGCGUACGUUUUAUACAUCAAUAAUGUUGAAAUACAACAAGAUGCUUUAGUGGAAGAGUCUUAA